AUGUCUACGCUGGUUGAUGGUGAUGGUGAAGUGGAGUUUUGUGACAAUUUCUCAACUAAAGCUUGCUACGAUGCUCUAGUUGGUCCAAUGGAAGUUUGUAUCUAUAGUAAGUUCCUGUGGAAGAACGACAUUCCCUCUAAAGUUAGUUUUAUGUUGUGGGCAGAUCUUAACAAUUCUCUACCUACAAGAGAUAUGCUGAGGCAUAAAAGCGUGGAAAUUGAUAGCUCUCUUUGUAUGAUGUGCAAUACGGUGGAUGAGUCUGCAGAUCAUUUAUUUUUACACUGUCAAACGACCUUUAAAGUUUGGGAUCACUUGAUAAAAGCAUUUCAUAUCUCUUGGUCUAUCCCUGGUAGCAUAUUAGAACUGUUUGAAGCCUCGAGGAACAAUGUGCUGACUGGAAGGUAUAAAGAACUGUGGAAUAUUAUACAUUAUGCGUUGGAUUGGAUCAUUUGGGAUGAAAGAAACAAGAGGGUGUUUGGGGGAAGAAAUUAA